AUUUCAAUGCUGGUUGAUUUCCAAAAACAAUUUUGACAUUAUAUUUCUCAACGUAAUCGCGUUUAGUGGUAGUUAGUUUUAAAAUAAAACAUGGGUAACGAAACGUCAUUACCCAUGGAGCUAUGCUCAAACUUUGAUGCUGAUGAAAUUCGCCGUUUGGGUAAGCGUUUUAGGAAACUUGACUUAGAUAAUUCCGGUGCCCUAAGUAUCGACGAGUUUAUGUCGUUACCUGAAUUACAACAAAAUCCAUUGGUACAACGUGUCAUCGAUAUAUUUGAUGCUGAUGGCAAUGGAGAAGUGGAUUUUAAAGAAUUCAUUCAGGGGGUAUCUCAAUUUAGUGUGAAAGGUGAUAAACUUUCAAAAUUACGAUUUGCGUUCAGAAUAUAUGAUAUGGACAAUGACGGAUUCAUUUCCAAUGGUGAAUUAUUUCAGGUAUUGAAAAUGAUGGUCGGUAAUAAUUUAAAAGAUACACAAUUACAACAAAUCGUUGAUAAAACCAUCUUAUUCGCUGAUAAAGACGAGGAUGGAAAAAUAUCAUUCGAUGAAUUCUGUUCUGUAGUUGGUAAUACAGACAUCCAUAAAAAGAUGGUUGUCGAUGUUUAAAUUUAUUAUACGAUCUCAUUAAACUACUAAAUACAAAGCAAAAAUAUUACAUCAGGAGAUUAAUGAUUUAUUUUCAAAAAAAAAAAUGUAAACCUGAUGUAAACCACUCAUAUAAACAAUUUUUGUG